GUUMACAUUUAUGUAGGGAUUAUCGGUCGCUGAAGGUUCUUUAAUCGAAGAGUUWGAGUUGCGACUCAAGGGUCGUUCGUCAAAACUUUCAUUAUUUAAACUAAUUGCAUCAUCGGCAAACUCGAAUUCGGCAUAAUUGGCAUUUUCACGUAUCUGUUUGGAUUUUUUUCGAGCCUUCUUUUUCUCUUUCUCAACUUCGUACUCGGAUUGGUUCAUUAAAUUGUUAAUUUGUGGUUGACAGGAACAUUUGUUAUCAGAAGGUCCCAAAGGUGCCCUUUGAGCACAUUUGGUCGGAUCCAUGCACGUCCUACUAUACAUCUCCAGCAGAGUUAUUGAACCUCGUUUUCUCUUUUGGAAACAACCGCAGCAACUCGACUUGGAUGUAGAAGCAGGACCGGACCUCUCUACAAGAAAAGAACAAGUUAUUUCUAAUCUACCAAAUCCCCUAGAUCAAAAUUUCGACUCGAGUCCUGCUUCUUAUAUCCAAUUAACUAACAAAAACCAAAAAUUCUUACCGUCUCGCAAAUCGCCGGCUUCGAUCUCACUGACACCGUUAUCGAUGCAAUCCAAGCCUUCACUUUCAGACCGACAUUUCGCAUCCAGCUUCGACUUCCACCCCCCACGAACAAAAUUAUUAAUAUUAGCACUUGGGUCACUUAAUCUUCUUUGAUUCCUGUAGACGUAGAACUCUUCCGGAUCUUCAUCCCAGUCUGAAUCCCACAAAUCAGUGGCGCAAAACCCGGGUUCCGAAGUCGGUGUUUCGACCCCUGAACCCUUGGGCUUGGUCACUGCCAUUUCCGCAUGACCUUUACCCUGUGGCCCUUUCAUUCGAACAAACUCACAGCGCUGGCUACUCGCAUUUGAAAAUAGACCGAAAGUCAUUCUUUGGGCCAUUUUCGUGCUCAAACUAGAUUGCUGGAAUGGGUUUUAUAAUUUUAAUUUUACUUAAAGGGUUACACAUACCCUCGCAUCGUAGACUUUCUUAAGGGCGUCGUAUCGUAUUGACCCCAGGAAAAUCACCCCUUGGACUGUACCCGCCCUAUCAGCGGCCACCAACUCAACACAAACCAUUUCACCAUCGCGGACGAGAAUGUCGUGGAAGACUUCGUCGAAGUUGUCCACCAUAAAACAAAUAUGGGGGUAAGUCAUCUCCUCCACUUCGCCCUUUGUGUCCAUUCUUCGACGACUUGGAGACGCGUAGACUUUUUGGGAGUGUCGUUUGAGGACUUGUAGUUCUUUCGGACUGGUUCGUGUACAAAUGGCUAGUGUUAAAGUGUAUUCAAAUUGAUGAAUAAUUAAAUUUAAAUACACUGUUUCCUCCCAAUCGAUAUCGGGAUCCCCGAUUGGUAAUUUUCGACUGUCUUUUCGGAAAACAUCAACUUCCGUCUAAAAUGAAUUAAUUACUUUAUUUCACUCGUUGAUUAAUUGAUUACUUCAAAUUUGGGUAAAUAUCUCGGUGACCCUUUGACGUGUUUCUUCCUCACAAAAAAUAACAAAUCGUCGCAGUCGAUGGUCGAUUCAUUUUGGAAUAAAAAAUGCCGGACAAAUAAAUCGGUCCAGUACGUCGUACCUUGCAACAUAACAAAACCCGAAUCUAAAACGAAUUAAUCAAAAAUAAAUUUCCCAAUUUCGUGUCACUACCAUCUUUUAACAGUUGUCGCAUUUCUUUAGUACGUUGAAAAUUGAUUUCUUCCAGUAACUGUUCUAAAACAGUCGGGGUUUUCAAACUGGGAUUGUUUGCAAAAGCCAUGUUGUAACAACGUUUAGCACCAAGUACGUAUCAUUUUGUUAUAAGCACAAACAUAAUUAAUUUUAAAGACACCCGAAAUGUGUGACUACGAGGGAACUACCCCUGCAAAAUCGAUUUGAUUCGCGCUUGCGAACUCGGGGGUAUGCGUGGAAUCGAAUUAUUUUUGAAUUACCGCAACUCCAUCAACGAUUUUUACGACACAAACAUGAAGGAGCAAAAUUUAUUUUUUUACUAGUCGGGUAUACAAUCGUUAAAUUGAAGUUCAUGACGGGAGAAAAACGACUUAAUUUAAUUUUUUUUUUAAUUUAUUUGUCGAAUAUGACGUCUGAUUACUGUAAAAAUAAAUUGGCGUCACUGUUGAACCGGAACGGGAAAUUACCAGCAUUGUUAAAAAACUUCCAGUCUAAAAAUAAUGGUAUAGGUAGGUAUGGUUUUAUGGGGCGUAAAGAAUUUCCCAUAAAAUUUUGAUUAUAAAACAAAUCUUUGUUGAUAUAAUUAGAAAAGAAAAUAUUUACACGAUGAUAAAAGUAGAUCAAAAUUUGAGAAAAUAAAGGGAUGUGGGUAAGAACCACAAGGCAGGAAACUUAACAGUUUGAUAUUUUUUUGAUAGAACACUUAAAUCGAAUCGCAAUAAUUCUUCCGAAAUAAACAAUUGUCUUACAGUAAUAAAUAUUUAAAAAGAUCCCCAGUUUUAACACAUCUGUGAUUGCGUAGAACAAGACGUAAUUCUUGUAGAAAUUUAAAUAAAAAACGUCGUUGAGAAGUCAAGAUUUACAAUUUUCUCGGCAUUUUAUUAUCAACUGUGAUCCAAGAAAGACGUGCAAUGAAGUGCAUGCAAGUGAUUUUCCUUGUGUUGAUAUUCACUGUUUCGAUUUCUACCAAACGAAGAAAAAAUAAAUAUACGGACAAUGAUGUUUUAGAAAAAUCGGAAGUUACUGUAAAAUACCCGACUUACGCUUUGAAAAUUCCACCGAUAAUAACAGCCCGAAAAUGGACUAGUUCGUCUUUAAGUACCACUCCAGUUACUUGUAAGUCUUCCAACGUUACACAAGCUCUGAAAGAACUUCGGAAAAAAAUCAAGUGUAAACCGAGAGAAACAGUGGUUGAAGUUAGCGCUCCUGAUGGCUUCAAGGUGUAUCCAAACACUUUUGUUGUCAAUCGUUGCGGAGGCAUGUGCACCGGUGGAAAAAAGUGUCUUCCAACUAGGAAAACAGACGCUGAAUUUUACGUCAGAAGCGUUAAAAUUAAAACUGGGAUGAAUUACUGUAACCGAAUCAAAGUUCCUGAAGACAUUGAGUGCAACUGUGGAUGUCCCCAAAAGAAAAAAUGUUUAACCGACCAGAAGUUUGACCCAAUUUUGUGUAAAUGUGUUUGUACAAAUAAAGAAGAAGAAGAAAGAUGUUUAGAGAAAAUUAAUAUGAAUUUUAAAUGGAAGUCAAAGGACUGUACUUGUGGCUGCAAACGGGAAAAAGUUUGUACUACUGGAACUGUAUGGAAGCGCGAGGAGUGUAGGUGCGUGAAAGAAUAAUAAACAAUCUUGUAGACGCCUAAUUUAUU